ACACAUCAUAUCAGUAUCUACGAAUUUAUAACGAGAAACGCACCGAAUAGUCGAAAGCGAUUUGAAAAGUAGAGUUAUCACAUUCUAAGAUCAGCUUUUACAGAUACAAAUCUUCUACCCAACGGAUAUCAAAAUGCAGAUCUCAACGAUUGUCGCAACUGCGCUGCUGCCUUUGUUGGCGGUAGCAGACACUUCUACUACCACGUCUACCAUGACGAUGACAAAGUACAUCACUAUUCAGAAGGUUGUUGCCACCUCAAGUAUCUUCAGCGCAAACUCGACUUCCGUCUACCAGCCUACCGGCACCAUUUCUUCUUCUUUUCACUCUUCCUCUAGUAUCGCUCUUGCGACGACAACGACUGGCUCUGAUGGUACGCCUACAACUGUUGCGCCGACAGUCAGCCCUACCAUCGAUAACAACAACAGCGGCGCAUCGCUUGGCUCUGCCCAUGUUGCGCUUGCGGGGCUGGCUGGUAUUGUUGUCGCCGCGCUGAUGUAAGUUGCGCCGUGUUGCGCAACUUGGCCGAGGAGCGGCAAGGGGGUACGACAAAAACAAAAAUUAAACCUAUUCGAUACGAGCGUCAUCUACUUCAUUUCUUUUGUCAAAAAUCAGCAUUCCUCGUUUUCAGCACUAUCUGGCUACACACUAUACGCGACAAGGCAAUAGUCCGCGAAAUGGCAUUCGUCAAC